AUGGAGCCGCCCCGCUGCCCCGCCCUGCCCGCGCCCCCGCCGGUCUCUCCGGGCCGCGCUGCCCGGGACUCGGGCCGCCUCCUGCUUGGCUCCUGCGAGGGCAGGAGCGUUCCGGAUUCACCUCAGCCCUGUGGGAACGCCAGAGGCACUGGCUGUUCAAAUGCGAGGUCCCAGCUCACGGCGGGACGCGCCGUGGCCACUGGCCACAGCCAGUUCUGUGCCAGCCCCGGCAGCGCCGUGGCCGCCGGCCUGCGCUGCCCCCUCCCGGGGCUGAUGCACCUUUGGAUCUUGCACCGGCCACUGCCCUCUGGGCCCCUGGAUCCCUCCUUGCACGCCUCUCCCAGCUCUGAGCUCACCCGGGGCCUGUCCAGAGAGGGGCGCGACGGGGAGAGCCCCGCGGGGCUGCGGCCCUGGCCAAGGGAAGGGGAGCCGCGCCGUGCUCUGCCCCAGCGGCGCAGCGGCCCCGGGGGCGGCGGAAGGGAAGUGGCGGAACGAGAGCGCGCUCCGGGGCUCGGGACCGGCCCUAUCGGGGGCCGACCGUGGGGACCGCGCCGUGACGGGGCGCUGCGGCGGGGCCGAGACCGGGGCCGAGCGCCGCCGGGGUCUGCCGGGGGUCCCGGGCGGUGCCGCCUCGCGCCCGUCGGGCGGAUGGAGGCGCCAUCGGGGCCGGGAUCGGUGCCGGGCCCGGGCCGGCCGCGGGCGGGCGCUGCCGGGUGCGGGAUCGCGGCGGUUCCCGGGGCGGGCGCGGAGCCGCCGGGAGGGCCCGGCACCCGCACGGCGCCCUCUGGCGGACACGGAGCGCGGUGCGAGCGCGGCGCCCCCGCGUGGCCGCGGGACGGCGGUGCGGGGGCGGGGCCAAGGAGGGGCGGGGCCGGCACAGGUGUGAGGGGCGGGGCAACGCGGGGCGGGGCCACGGAGCGCGUGCGCAGCUCGGGACAGCAGAGCGCGUGCGCAGUUUGGGGCCGGCACAGGUGCGAGCAGGGCGGGGCCACGGAGCGCGGGGCGGGGCCGGCACAGGUGCGCGGGGCUCCAGAGCGCCUGCGCGGGGCGGGGCCGAGGGCAUUUAAAGCCCGGAAGCCGCCGCAGGCGCCAUUUCCUCGGCAGCGCUCGGAGGUGCCGGCUGCGGCCGCCGGCACCUCCGAGCGCUGCCGAGGAAAUGGCGCCUGCGGCGGCUUCCGGGCUUUAAAUGCCCUCGGCCCCGCCCCGCGCAGGCGCCCUGGAGCCCCGCGCACCUGUGUCGGCCCCGCCCCGCGCUCCGUGGCCCCGCCCUGCUCGCACCUGUGCCGGCCCCAAACUGCGCACGCGCUCUGCUGUCCCGAGCUGCGCACGCGCUCCGUGGCCCCGCCUCGCGUUGCCCCGCCCCUCACACCUGUGCCGGCCCCGCCCCUCCUUGGCCCCGCCCCCCGCACCGCCGUCCCGCGGCCACGCGGGGGCGCCGCGCUCGCACCGCGCUCCGUGUCCGCCAGAGGGCGCCGUGCGGGUGCCGGGCCCUCCCGGCGGCUCCGCGCCCGCCCCGGGAACCGCCGCGAUCCCGCACCCGGCAGCGCCCGCCCGCGGCCGGCCCGGGCCCGGCACCGAUCCCGGCCCCGAUGGCGCCUCCAUCCGCCCGACGGGCGAGAGGCGGCACCGCCCGGGACCCCCGGCAGACCCCGGCGGCGCUCGGCCCCGGUCGCGGCCCCGCCGCAGCGCCCCCUGGCCCCGUCCCGCACUCCGUGGCCCCGCGCCGCUGUCCCGGGACCCCCGCUCGGCGCUGUGCGAGCCCCGGCCCCGGGGCUGCUCCCGGCGGGGACCGCUCGCUCGGAGCCCGCAGCGCUGCGGCGGGGCCGCGCCUGGGGACGGGGCUGUGAGACCGAGUCCCGCCCGUGCCCGCUCCCGGAGCGGGGCUGCCUCUCCCCCGGCGGGCGGGUUGCGGGUCGCGGGGACGGGGCACCACGGCCGCACUGGGGCCAGGACUGGGCAAACCCCAGCCCGGACUCGGUGCCCCCUCCUGCUACGAUGCCGGGACGAGGCUGA